AUGAGCCUGCCCCAGUACUACUCCAUCCUCGGCAUCCAGUCGACCGCCACUAGCGAGGACAUUCGCCAGGCGUACCGCAAGGAAUCGCUCAGGACGCACCCGGACAGGCUCCCCGGCACCGCUACCGCCGAGGAGCGUCGGCGCGCAACGGAGCGUUUCCAAGCCGUCGCCGACGCCUACUACGUCCUCUCUGACCCGGGCCGUCGUGCCGAGUACGACCGCAUCUUCCGGUCACGCCCGGCGUCGGCAUUCGAGACCUCCACCGACCCGGACGCACAGGAGCGCGCCUCGUCCAACUUCUUUGAGGAGUUUGCUCGUUUCUUCACUGCCGGAACGGGUACGGCCUCUGCCGAACCCGGUUCGGCGAGCGCCGGCCCAUCUGGUGGUCGUACGGACGAGAAGGACGACGAAGGGGCACCGCACCGCCCGAAUGCCGAACACGUCUUUGGCGAUGUAUUUGAGGACCUUCUCGAGCCAGAGGUCGCCCACGUCCACAAGACCUGGACAUAUGUCGGCGGAGCCGCGGGCGCUGCGCUCGGCUUUAUCGUGGCCAACGCCGCGGGUGCUGUUGCAGGAGCCUUUGCUGGAUCCCAGCUCGGUCGUGUACGCGACGCGAAGGGCAAGCCCGUCGCGCAAGUCUUUGCUGGCCUGCCCAUGUCCCAAAAGACCCAGAUCCUCCGCGCGCUCGCGUUCAAGGUCUUGGGUACCAUGCAGUAG